CUAUCAUUGCUAAGUAUCAGGUGUUUUUGCCCACCUAUGUAUUCUAGAAAGACUAAUAAAAGUUCGUGUCUGUUAUUUUGUUAUUUACUUAACAUCUUCAUAGAUCAUUUCGCAGCAGUUAAGCACUCGCUUAGUAGCUAUCACUUUUACCGCGUUUUGUCUCCGCACAAUAAUUAUUUGAAAAUGAUGCUGAAAUGUGUAAUAUUGCUUUGUGCAAUUAACUGUGCUUUCAGUUUUUACGUGGGAGAAUAUGUUCCAAGAUCAUUUUACAAAAUCCACAAUGGGCAGAAGUCUCCAACUUUCUAUAUCGACGUUAAUUCGUUAGAUCCUAUUCUAAGAAAUAGAAGAGAAAUAAUCAGUGGAACCUUUGAAGGGAAAAUUGAUUCUGAUCCCUAUGAAGAGGAUGUAGUUCCAAGAUUGAUAUAUGGUGAUACUGGAAACUGAUGGAUUUUGAAUGCAAUUAUUGUUGAGACCUGUUUAUAUGUAAAAUAAAAAUAAUGCUAAUAAAAACUAUAUUGUGU